UGUCAAAAGACUAGUCAUGGUGGACUAGUUAUACGCGCUUUCAAAAUGAAUUCGAGAGAUGAGGAAGCUGACAUGGAAUUUUCGUUUAUUAAAGAGAACAGCGUAAGUCAGCAGGAGAAAGUGAAGGCAUUCUGGAAGUUUCUGGAUGCUCAGAAUUGUUUGCAACCGCAAAAAGGAAUAUUGGAGCAUGAAUCGCCAUCGGAAACGAAAACGUCGGUAUCAAGCAUGGAGGAAAUUAUGAGGGAGAAGGAUAUUUGGCGCAAGGGAUUGCAAGUUUUCCAACAACUCGGUUUAGAUAAAACCGCUUUCGCAGCUGAUAACAGAUGUGGAUUCUGCAGCCUCGCUCAUAAAACAAAGCUCCAAUGCGAAGAUCUGGCCGACACGGUGAAGCAGCCAUAUGAAGAAUUGAACACUGAGGCCUUCGAGCAGCGUCAGAAAAACCGUGACUCGAUCCUUACUCAGCACGAAGCGUUUUGUGCUACCAACAAAUUUUGCAACUCCAAUGUAAAAACAAAAAAAAUGAUCUAAUUUGAGUGACUGACACCUUAGGGCGGUCUUUUUUUCAACUCGCGAAC